AGAAAACAAAUCGUCGCGUUAGAGUAUUUGUUUCAGUCAUUCGUAUCCACGCAAUUAAACGCAAUUUGAGCGACUCUUUAUUCUCGUAAAGCCCUUAAAUGCCACAAGAGAAUGCGAAUUACAACAUUCUAAAUUGUGCUCUAAGUUUUUAUUAGAGGCUGGCCUCCUAUUUUUAUCGUAGAGUCGCAAAAAUGUGAAGCUCGGAAUGAGUCAUCUCUGGAACGACACUUUCAACCUGACUGGAGUCAAAAUCAACGUUACAAUAAGGGACGAUGCCUCGCUGUACCCUCUGGGGUUGGUGAUUCCGGUGACGGUGGUGUAUGGCGUGAUUUUCGUGACAGGGGUGAUUGGAAAUGUGAGCACGUGUGUUGUUAUUUCCUGUAACAAGUCGAUGCAUACGGCGACCAAUUAUUAUCUCUUCAGUUUGGCGAUUUCUGAUAUGUUGCUGUUGAUUUCGGGACUUCCCCCGGAAAUGUACCGGCUGUGGUCGCCGGAACUUUACGUUUUUGGGGAAGUGUUUUGCAUUCUGCAGGGUUUUGCAGCCGAAACUUCGGCCAAUGCAACGGUUUUAACCAUCACAGCUUUUACAGUGGAGCGUUACGUGGCAAUUUGUCACCCCUUCGUUUCGCACACAAUGUCCAAACUUUCGAGGGCCAUUAGACACAUUAUCGUGAUUUGGGUGGUGGCUUUGUGUCUUGCAGCCCCGCAAGCAAUCCAAUUCGGUGUCGAAUAUGAGGUGAAAGAUGGGGUUCAGAACAGCCAUUGUACCGUCGUAUCGAAUUUUUUCCAACACGCUUUUGAAAUUUCAACGUUCGUGUUCUUCGUGGGCCCAAUGACGCUUAUUACGGUCCUGUAUAUACUGAUCGGCAUUCAGUUGAGGAAACCGAGACUGGCUGCCAUGAAAAAAGGGUCAAUGGAGAGCUCUGGAAGCAACGAACAGGCCAGGAACCGGAAUCAAGCGGCCCAGAAGAGGGUCGUAAAUAUGUUGAUUGCAGUGGUGGUGGCCUUCUUCAUCUGUUGGGCUCCUUUCCAUGCGCAGAGACUGAUGGCUGUUUAUUUGUCCACCGCGUCCAAGGAGGCGCAGGAGAUGACUUUCGAGCUCUAUAUGGUGCUUAUGCACGCAUCCGGAAUUUUAUACUUUCUCUCUACGACCAUUAAUCCGGUGCUUUAUCAUAUUAUGUCGAAUAAAUUUCGCGAGGCAUUCAAGAAAACUUUGUCCGAUUUCUGGCGUCGCGACGGCGCCCGUCCAUCCCAAACCUACUUGGUGUUAAGCCGCUGUCCACCACUUAACCGCCAAGCUUCAGACUCAGUCGACAGCCACACCAAAGAAGAACUCCACCUCAAAAGCGGUCUCAGCCACCGCCCUUACAAUUUCCUCGGCUGCAACAAAAUAAAGCAAGACUCCUCGACAAUAAGCGAGUGCAAAACCCUCCAGUCCACGGUCUCGAGUGAAUCAAAACCCGCUCAAAGGAGCGACAAAUUCCGGAUUUUGCGCGUCCUCGGCCCACAGAAACGUCCAGUGAAGUUUUUUAGACAGGAGAGUGUCGACAGCGGCCACACUAUCAGCAAUUCGAGCCUCCAGGACGUGGAGGAAAGGGAACACAGCAGCUCGGAUUUGGUCAAAUACAUGGAAGAGAUCAACGAAGAUAUCACCUAGCGCACAGCGAAUCGCUUGAAGCGAUUAGAAACUAUUCCGGAACUGUCUGAUCUCAGUGUGUAUCUGUGAUUCGUAUCUCUGUUUGGUGUGUACUUAAUUUUUAAGUGGGCGUUGAAGCGGUUUUGAUUUGAUUUGUACGAGUAUUAAAAAUAUUUGGGUAAAAUUUUUAAUUUGAUAAAAAGGGCAAGUUUUAUUAAAAUUGUGUUUUUAGGAAAUUGAAUGUUUUAACGUUAUUUCAAAUUCUUAAUGUGCUGUGACCUGUGACCAUAAAAACUUGCUGGUAACUGUUAAUUUACUGUGAAAUUUGUUCUCCGGUUUAUUCUGUACCUUUUCCACAUAUUUGUAAAACGAAUUAAAAAUACAAUUCUUAUGUUCAAUGUUAACUGUGCUGUGACUUAAAAAAACUUGACGUAAAAUGUUGAUUUCAAUUUGAAAAUAAUUAUUCGGUAAUAAAUCAGACAUUUCUGUACCUUUUUAUUUUUUUAAAAUGUAUUACUGAAUUGAUGGAAACCACUGAUUUAAAUGUGAGACUUGUCCUUAAAUUAUAAGACUUUCUGUACCUUUCCUACAUAUUUGUAA